AUGUCCGAAGACACCAAAUGGAAGGAUGAAGACACACGCGCGCUGCUCCAUCACCUGAUUGACCGCAAGGCGGAAGCCGGAGAUGGAGUGAACUUCCCGAAUAGGAUCUGGAGUGAUGCUGUACAGAAGGUGCAGGCUGUGACGACUGGCGGUGGAGCCAAGACAGCAAAAUCAUGCAAGGGAAAGUGGAAGCGGCUCCGAGACACAUAUAAGCUUGUCGAGAAGCUCAUGUCACAGUCUGGGUUUCAUUGGGACCCGAAGACAGGCGCGAGCAUUGACGCAAAAUCAGAGUCAGUCUGGCAGACAUUCUGCAAGGUGAGUCAUAAAAACAAGGGUGCCCAGAGGUUCCGAAACAAAGGCUGGGACUUCUACGACCUCAUGAAGGAACUCAUGCCUGUCAAGGUGAAGGGGACGCAC